AUGAGCGACAAAGAAGUCAAAUAUGUCGACGCCGGGGCCGCGUUCGACGACAGCAACAAUACAUAUUCCGAUCUCCAACCAGGACAAGUCUCUGACAAUGCCGACAAACUUCAGCGUCGCCUCAACAACCGCCAAAUUCAGCUCAUCGCCAUCGGAGGUUCUAUCGGAACCGCUCUUUUCGUCAGUAUUGGCGGUGGUUUGGUAAGAGGCGGACCGCUGAGCUUGUUUCUUGCGUACACCAUUUACAGCUGCCUUCUGGGCCUGGUCAACAACUGUAUGGCCGAGAUGUCUACCUUUCACCCUGUCAGCGGUGGAUUCAUCCGAAUGGCCGGAAAAUGGGUUGACGACGCAUUCGGCUUCAUGGCUGGAUGGAACUUCUUCUUUUACGAAGCGCUGUUGAUCCCUUUCGAGAUUACUGCUUUGAACCUGGUUCUGUCUUUUUGGCGGGAUAAUAUCCCCACUGCUGCCGUAUGCGCUGCUUGCAUCGUGCUCUAUGCUCUUUUAAAUAUCCUAGCGGUCAGAGCGUACGGUGAAGCCGAGUUCUGGCUUUCCGGAGGCAAAGUCAUUUUGAUUAUGAUUCUAUUCUCCUUUACGUUUGUCACCAUGGUCGGUGGAAAUCCGAAACACGAUGCCUACGGCUUUCGGUAUUGGAAUAACCCUGGGCCAAUGGCUGAAUAUCAUACAACUGGCGACCUGGGUCGUUUCGAAGGAUUCCUAGCUGCUCUCUGGUCCGCCUCAUUCACGGUGGUAGGUCCAGAAUAUAUCGCCAUGGUGGCUGCCGAAGCCAAACGCCCUCGCAUCUACAUCAAGAGAGCGUUCAAGACAGUCUAUUGGCGGUUCGGCAUUUUCUUUAUUUGCGGCGCCCUUUGCGUCGGGAUCGUUGUACCCUACAACGAUCCCACCCUUGUUGGUAUUGUUAGUGGCGAACAGUCGGGCGGCGGUACAGCCGCCGCUUCACCAUAUGUCAUCGCCAUGAACAAUCUCGGGGUCAGCGUUCUGCCCCAUGUCACCAACGCGCUCAUGCUCACCAGUAUAUUUUCGGCUGGAAAUACCUACACCUACUGUGCAACUCGCAGCUUAUAUGGCCUGGCUCUCGAAGGGAGAGCUCCACACCUCUUGACCAAAUGUACUCGAAAUGGUGUCCCUAUCUGGUCCUUUUGUGUCGUCAUGUUGUUCCCACUCCUAUCGUUCCUGCAGGUUUCGAAUGGCUCUUCUCAGGUUUUGACAUGGCUCAUCAACUUAAUCACGGCUGGUGGAAUUAUCGAUUUUAUCGUCAUGUGCGUGACGUACAUAUUCUUCUAUCGUGCCUGUAUCGCACAAGGUGUCGACCGCAAAACAUUUCCCUACACUGGAUGGUUUCAGCCAUACUGCGGAUAUAUCGGGCUCACCGGAAUGUUACUUGUUGUCUUCUUCUAUGGAUACUCCAGCUUUACGCCUUGGGACGUCGGGACCUUCUUCUCCUACUACACCAUGGUCAUAUUGGCCCCUAUCCUCUACUUCGGUUGGAAGAUUAUCAAACGCACCAGAAUUAUCCGUCCAUCCGAGGCAGACCUCGUCUGGGAGCGCCCAAUUGUUGAUGCAUACGAAGCCUCUUUCUUAUCACCUCCCGUUGGCUUUUGGACGGAAAUGAUCCAACUGGUUGGCAUUAAGCGAAACAAGAGGGAUGAUAGACGACACAGUUCGAUAUAA